CACUUAAUUUUGGAAGAAAGUACUUUCUUAGAUUAAAGAUGGCAUUUUUUUUUCAAGGUAUAAACUUUAUUGUAAUUUGCUUUUUACAUCAUCUGAUAGCUGAUCAGUUAUCCAGUUUCUCAUGAAAUGUCUUUGCAAAAUUCUUAAAAAUUGGUUAUUGCAACCACAUCACAAAUGACGUGCUAUCAAGAACAGAACAUAUGAAUAGGCCUUGCUAGCUGUAUUCUACCUCUAUUAGACCACAGACAUUCCAAAAUUGCAUUAAAAAUGAAUAAUUGUUGAUGGAAAGAGAAAGAGAGGAAUGCCAAGUAAACUUGGUGCAACACCUUUUAAGAGGAUCAAAACAUCAAUAUUCAAUGAAAGAUGCCUAUUCUGUUGCAAAAGAUUGCAAAAUAUGGCAAACUCGUGUGUCCAGUUGCAUGGCCAAACCUAAUUUUACAAAUUUUGGCUGGCUAUAAAAAUGUGCAAUAGCAGGGACCAGUCUGUUUACUUAUUGAGGGGAAAAGAUAGAUAAAUCUGUGACAACUUCAUUCUACAUUACCAAAAAGAGAUUCUUGAACUUCAUAGAACUUCCAGUGCCCCAAAUGUGUACACAUUACCCCAUCAAAAUGUAUGCAAUGAUCUGUACUAAAUUAGUAAUUCAAUAAUCAAAGAUUGUGAAAUUGUUGUUGAGACUUUAUCAAUUUUCUUGUUAUUUAAUUUAAAUAAUGAUAAAUUAAUUUUUUUAUGUGAUAUAUUUUAAAAUAAAUUAAGCUUUAAAUUAAAUUUUUUCAAUUUAUUAUUCUUUUCUCUAUAGCAAAACUCAUGAAACGACUGCUGAUUGUCGUUAUUACGAAGCCAGUGGAGAAGACAACAAUACUUUGGCAACGUUCAUGGAAACAAAUCCAUCCAUUCCGAAAAAAGACAGAUCUACAAAACAGUCACGACAGCUUCCUCAUUGGUUAUGGUUUGUUAUAGCUAAAUGCUUAGGGAUACCGUUACAUCCUAAUGAUAAACCUAUCAUCGGUUUGAUACUGCACAUGCUUACUUUUGCUUCGGCUCUCACUUUUGCUGUUUCUCACAUGUGGUUUGUAAUAUUUGAUAUACUCUCUCCCAAUACUCCCAUUGAUAUCGCCAAUGGCACAGUUAGUAUUUUCUUAAUUGUGUGCUGGGGGUCGUUCGGUUUCUAUGCAAAAAACUUGAGUGCACGACUAUUCCGUCACACGCAGUUUCUUAGAGACAUAAGAAUGCACUCUCGUACUAUAUUCAAGAUCAAUGCUGCCGUUUUGUUUUUUCUAUUAGGUGCUAUUUUCAUCAGUACUAAUGAUUAUGAUGGCUUUCACUCAUAUUUAAAUGAAACUUGUGAAAAGGUGGAGUUAUACGUCAUUGUUUGCAAGUUGCAGUUUCUGUCAAGGGUGAUAUUUUCAGUCUUUGCACUCAUAUGGCACUCUUUAGUGUCUUUUGUUUUGAUAUCUGUCUGCAGGACACAUACUAUAGGUAAGUUUAUUUAUUAAGAGUAGCAAUAACUAAUUAAAUAUAAUAUAAUCUUUACUUUGUGUGUUAACUUGCAAGUUAAUUACUAACUUGAAAAUGAAUCAAUAAAUUAGUUUUUAUAAUGAAAGUAAUUAUGAGGUUUGUACAAAGAUAACUUUAUUGAUAAAGAAAACUAAUUACUGCUUGAAUAGUUAUAUAGUUAUUUUGUAGCAUGGCUUGCUUUGUAUUUAAAUACACAAUUGUUGCAAUUGAAAGAAAAGAGUCAAGGCCAUACUGGACAUGUUAUUGAAUGUUUAUUGUGAAAAUAACAGUUAGUUCUCAAAGAAUUCUGUUUUUUAGUUCCUAUAAUGAGCAUAUUUUCUUACUGCACAGAUCAGAAAAUUUCGAGAGAUUUAUUGUCUUGUUGUGUAUUGUCUAUUUAAUAUGAAGAAUGAUGACUAGAGGCAGUGCUAAGAAUAACUUGUUUACGUUCGAUUUUGAAAUCAUCAUUAAUAAUAAUUGAUAUAACUUUCUACCUUCAUGAUUCAUUUGCAAUAAAAACAAAAUUAAGUAUCGAAGCAAAAUUAUAGAUUGAAUACUUAAACAAGUUUUGAAAGUUAACAUUUGAUUUACAUUUUAAGUUUUUCUAAUAAUAAUUUUAUUUAUCAAACAUGUGAUUAUGACUCAGCAAAUUUAUGACUACUUGCUCAAUAAACACCAUAUAAUUAAACAAUAAAUGUAUUGUCCUGUAGACAUUGUUCUGCAGAUCUUUUACGUAUGUUUUAAUUGCCAAAUUUAUGAUUGUACAUUUAUCAUUUACUACUGUUAGAUACUAAAGAUUGCAAGCAUUAAUAUUUAUUAAUAGAAUAAGGAUUAUUAAUUUAGGAGAAUCCAUAAUCAAAUGUAGUAUUUCACAAUGUGCAAUUCAUUGUACAUUAAUUAAAAGCAAGCAUAAACUUGACUUUAUAUAGGUUUUAUAGCCUUGUUUAACUAGUUAUAUGAGUAAGAAGCCAUUAUAGAUGUUAAUUAGGAGGUAUAUUA